CUGUUUACUCUGCCCAUCGUAGUUCAAUUUGUUAUUUAAUACUUUCGGCACAACUAGUUGCUGUUUAUGUGUAACUUUAUCAAUUAAAACAGACAAAAUGCAAGCUCUGAGGCACAGCCACAUUUUGCGUGGCAUUAAAUUGAACUGGUGCCGUCGACUAUUAACGCAAAGCUGCACGGGCAGUGAGCAAUUGGAGCUGACAAGUGAGCUGAAACAUCGCAUUGAGAAGCACUGGAAUACGCAUAUGAACAACAUUCAUUUUAAUACUAAAGAUGUACAAAAUAAGUACUAUGUGCUGUCUAUGUUUCCCUAUCCCUCGGGCAACUUGCACAUGGGGCACGUGCGCGUUUAUACGAUCAGCGAUGCAGUUGCUCGAUUUCAGCGGAUGUGCGGAAAGAAUGUCUUCCAGCCCAUUGGCUGGGAUUCAUUUGGUCUGCCCGCCGAGAAUGCGGCCAAUGAACGAGGCGUUGCGCCAGCUGAAUGGACCAAAAAGAAUAUCGCACAAAUGAAGCAACAAUUGGAACGACUGGGCUGCUCCUUCGACUGGGCACACGAGCUGUCGUCCAGCAGUCCCGAGUACUACAAGUGGACGCAGAGCUUGUUUCUCAUGCUGCACAAACGAGGGCUGGCCUAUCAAAACGAGGCUCUGGUCAACUGGGAUCCAGUGGACAAAACAGUUCUUGCUGAUGAGCAGGUGGAUGCCAAUGGCUGCUCCUGGCGCUCCGGUGCCAAGGUGGAGAAGAAACUGUUGAAGCAGUGGUUCAUACGCACAACCGCGUACGCCAAGCAGCUGCUCGACGGCCUCGAUGAUCCCACACUGCGCGAUUGGCGAGAUAUUAUAAAUCUGCAGCGCCAUUGGAUUGGGGAGUGCAAUGGCUAUGCCUUUACACUGCCAACUUCUGCCUCGAAUCUGCUGCGCGUUUGGACGCCUAAUCCGGAGCAUCUCAAGGAUCCACAUGCAUUCCUCGUGCUGCGCAAUAAGCAUUACCUAAAGAAGCUAAGCAAUGCGGAACAGUUGAGCGUGGAGAAUCCAUUUGCGGAGACUACGAUCCCGGUGGUCUUCAAUGAUGAGGCUGCUUUCCCAGCGGAUUGUGAUGUCUACUUAGCCGCGCCCACCUUCCGCGCCGAGGACCGUGAGCUGUGGGACAGCCUGGGCCUGGCCUUCUGCAUCACUAACAAAGAUGAGGAACAUAUUAACCCGGGCAACUGGGAGCAGCUGCGCAAAGAGGUGCUACAGGCAGCAAGUCGACUAAAUGUUGGUGGCUAUCGCGUUUCCUCCAAGCUGCAGGAUUGGCUCAUCUCACGGCAACGCUACUGGGGCACACCCAUACCCAUUGUACACUGUUCCAAAUGCGGAGCUGUGCCCGUGCCGGAGGAACAGUUGCCCGUUUCACUGCCUCCGCGUGAUGCUGGCAAGGAUUCGCUGCUCUGCGACUGUCCAAAAUGUGGGCAAUCCGGGGCGCAGCGGGAAACUGAUACGAUGGACACUUUUGUGGACAGCUCUUGGUACUAUCUGCGCUAUCUGGAUGCGCAUAAUCCUAAUGAGAUCUUUGAUGCCAAGCUGGCGAACGAUUUCAUGCCUGUGGACCUGUAUAUAGGCGGCAAAGAACAUGCUGUGCUGCAUCUUUACUAUGCCCGGUUCAUGAAUCACUUCCUGCACAGCUGCGGGCUGUCCCCCACCUCGGAGCCUUUCUCUCGCCUGCUUGUUCAGGGCAUGGUCAUGUCGCGUUCCUAUAGAGUCAAGGGUAGCGGUCGAUAUGUACGCGAGUCGGAGGUGGAGAUUGUGAAUGCCAAAAAGAAUCAAGCGCUGCUGAAGGCCACCAAGGAGCCUGUGGUCAUGAGCUGGGAGAAGAUGUCCAAGUCCAAGCUGAAUGGCGUCGAGCCAGAUGAUAUCUUCAAUGAGUACGGCACGGAUACAGCCAGGCUGAUUAUUCUUGCAGACGUGGCCCCCACAUCACAUCGCAACUGGUCGAGCGCCACUUUUCCUGGCAUACUCAACUGGCAAAAGCGCUUGUGGCUAACCUUGGACGACUUUAAGGCAGCUCGCGAGGAGCAACAGCCAGAUGAGCCAGUGGACACAUCCAGCGAAGCAUUUCUGGCCGAGGAUGCAAAGCUCUUUGAUGCCCGCAAUUUCUAUGUGAAAGGUGCCACCUUUAACUAUCGCCACGCGCAUCAGCUGAGCGUGGCCAUAUCCAAAAUGCAGGGAUUAACGAAUUCCUUAAGACGCACACCCAAGCACAUUCAACGCCUGGGCAAACAGUUUGAGCGCGCUUUGGCUGCACAGAUCAUCAUGCUGGCUCCCAUGGCGCCGCACUUUGCCUCCGAGCUGUGGUCGAAGUUUGUCUCCAUACCGGGUCGCCUGAAUGCGGAGAGUGAGGAGCUGCAGUGGACAGAGGAUGUGCUGGCACAGCACUGGCCCGACGUGGAUGCCGCCUACCAACUCGAUCUCAGCAUCAAAAUCAACGCGUUUGAGAAUUGUGUGAUUAAGGUCGCACGCAAUCAGCUAGACAAGAUUAAUCACAGCGAUGCCAUGGACAUUGCCUUCAAUACGGACUCGGUGACAUCCUAUCUGAUUGACAAGAAAAUACGCACCACAAAUUUUGUUCUCUAUCCGGGCAUCGAAGCCAUCCUCAACAUUUAUGUAGAAAAACUGCCAAAGGCCCAAAAGUCGGCGAAGAACAGCAACGAUGAGGACAAAGCGGAGGCCAAGUAGUCAGCGAUAUUGUUUAGGUUAAUUAAUUGUUUAGCUAAGGUUUCGAUAGGGUUACGAUAUAUGUAUAUAUGGUAUGGCAUUU